CAGUUUUCAAAUCACGGGUGUCAGUAAUAACAAGCGCGAUUACUAUUUGUCGACGAUGUUGCUUCAGUUUGCAUUGUUUGCUGCAACGCUAUACCUUUACACUAAUGCUGAACCAAACGAUGUUCGGGAUCCAAAUGUAAUCAAUGCUAGGUACAUUGUGACAAGAGGUGAACUAAAUGAAUUACUCGCGCAACUGAGAAAAGAAAUGACUGCUAAAUGCAUGGAACAAAAAUGUGAAAAGGGUGAUCGCGGAUACCCUGGCAUUAAGGGACUUUCAGGAUUGAAGGGUGAUAGGGGUUUACCCGGUCUGGACGGUGCGCCCGGCGUUCCUGGAGCCAAGGGACAAUGGGCGAGGGGUCCACCAGGUGACCGAGGAUUGAAAGGUGAACGAGGAGCACCAGGACUUCCCGGUGGAAUGAAAGGCGAACCCGGUAUUCCGGGGUCAAAAGGUGAUGUCGGUCGAAACGGUAAACGUGGUCGAAGAGGAAGAAAAGGAGCAAAAGGUGAAAGUGGUGAUAACAGCUUGGGAACACAGUGCUCAAAAGGCGAACGCGGAUUCGAUGGAGUGCCAGGAACAAAAGGAUCAAAGGGCGAUAUGGGCCCAGCUGGAAUUGAUGGUCUUCCGGGAUAUUUUGAUUUCAAAGGGUCAAAGGGUGAUCCGGGAAGUCCUGGUCUACCAGGGGCAUGCAGACAAUGUUAGUAUUUUAG